UUGUCACACAACAACGAUGAAUUCAAUCUGGAUCGGGUACAGCAGUAUUACAGUUCUUCAAACACCGCGAUGUUACCAAUGACCCCAUACCCCCUUUUCCCACCUUCUUCCAAUCCAUGGCGGGCAUUAGAAAUAUCCGGGCAUGAUGAAAUUAACUCGCUGACACUCCAGCUCUCCAAAUCUGUCUUUGAUUCGAAUUCGUGCCACCUCUUCAACCACACGCGCGCGCCCGCCCGCGAGCGCUUUUCCCGCCCCCAAAAUCCCCGUCCCCCCCUUCAACCAAUAAACACCACAUCAGUCAUCCUUUUACUGUAUACAUGAACCCAGCGCCCCAUAUAAAAUCGACCAGCGUAAGCGAAAAUACCAUCUUUCGAGCGCUGUUUGCGCGGUCGAGGGGUCAAAAUAAGAAGGCAGAUAUGGGCAAAACCAGGAGACCUGCCAAUGACGCUUUUGGCCUUGACCUCGACAUCUUGGUUUCAGCUCUCCUUCUUUCUCGAUGAAGGAUAGGUGGUCAGGCAGGCGUAUCGCCACCACCUUUUUAUUUUCUCUUGUCCAAUCUACAUUUCUGUAUUUUGUAUUUCCGCGGAUGCCUUUAUGGGGCUCGCCGAUUCUUGCUAUACAUCCAUAAAUUACUUGAAAGAGAGAGUGGGAGAGAGAGUGUGUGUGUAUGCGUGUGUCAGAAAAUACGGGGUUGGGGUCAACAAGAAAAUGGGUGGGUGGAUGGGCGAGAGAACAAGCGCUUACGUGCAUGUACGGACACGAGGACAAUACCCGUGUUUUUGCGUUAUUAGGGGUCCCAGCUUUUUUCCUUCCCACGCGAGCGUACGAGCUUAUGUACGAGCCUUGUCAUGUUAUUAA